AUGUCGUUAAAUGAUUCUUUGAGCCAAAUACAAAAGAAAAGUAAAGGUAAAUCCAAUGGUAAUGUUAGUAGUAGCAGGCCAAAAAAUUGUUCACAAACACCACAAAGUCAAUGUGAUAACGUUACAAUUACGCCACAUAUGGAUGUUACAAGCAGACAUGUGAGUCUAAUGUUUGAACUUCAACCUAUGAUGCCUGUUGGAAAACUUGUAACUCAUCAAAUGCAUGUGAUGCAACACAUGUACCCAAUGCAUGAAAUACCGGUUGGGGAAAAUUCUUCGUGCUUCAGCCUAUUGUAA